GGCACUAUGGGAGCUGUAGUCCUGGGCGGCGGCCCCGGGGCGCGAGGUGCGGGGCGGCGCUGUGCCGUUGUGCCGUGGGGCAGCGCGGCGGCCGCCCGCGUCCCGCCGCUGCUGAGAUGGGGGCGUGCGGGAGGCGCCCUCCUUGCCCGGCAGCGGUACAGCCCCGGCCUCUCGAGGGAACGUGGAGACAGAGCCGCUUUUGUUCGCGGACUGCAGCCAGAACCGCCGGGCCGGGCGGGCCUCCCCGGGAGCAGCCAAAUCCCAGUCAGAUGAGGAGCUCAGCCGGCGGCUUUGCGCCAGCUCCGUGGUCUGUGGUUUCGGGGAAGAAGCUGGGGCUCUAGCUGUGAGCAGCAGGAGGUAUGACGCGGAGGCACAAGGUAACUGCCUGUCAUUUUCCUUAGUAGCUGAGGUCUGUAGCUAACUGGUGACUGAAGGGUAUGUUUUUUGCUCCGAUGUAAAUGAAGAAAGUGGUAUGAAAUGUCUUACUGGGGAAACUUGCUGUUGUGAGCUACUUAACUGCUGUCCUGGCUUUGUAAGACUUAAUGGACGCUGGACGUUUCCAUCCUAAGAAAGUCGUGAACUGUUGAGAAGAAUCCCAUUGGCUAGAGGUGGACCCAAAAUUCUUUGUUUUCAUACAAUAACAGCUUCAUCUCUUUGGCACCUUUUGUUCCUGUAGUGUAGUUUACUAAAACUUUGCAAAGGAAAUCUAAUUCAGCCCAUGGUGAGAAUGGAGUACCAGCCCCUACUGAGAGGGUCUAGCAUGCGCAGCAAGUAAUGGAGGUAUCCUGUCUAACUGGACCAAGAGGACAAAUACCCUUUGACUGUGGUGGCACUGGGAUCCAAAGCAGUAUGAAAGAUUCCUGCUGAUUUCCAGAAGGCUUUCCUAUGAAUUUGUGAAUACCUCUUAUCCGAGCAUAUUCACAGGUUCUUAAAUGAAACCUGGAUUAGUCGUUAUCGCAUGGAAUUAAGUCCAGAUUUGUUGACUUUUCUUUGGUCUGUCAUUGCUUCUAUAUUUUCACUUGGAGGUCUGUGUGGAGCCCUUAUUGGAGGCAGCAUGGCAAUUCGGCUAGGCAGGAAAGGAGCUCUUUUGAUGAAUAAUAUUAUUGCAGUACUGGCUGCCGUUUUAAUGGGGAUCAGUUUUCCUACUGGUUUGUUUGAGUUACUGAUUGUUGGAAGAUUUUUGAUUGGUAUAAAUUCAGGUAUUGGGAUCUGUGUGCAACCUCUGUAUAUUGGGGAGGUUGCCCCAAAACAUCUUAGAGGUGGCAUGGCCAUGGGUAGUUCCAUCUUUCUGACUGGGGGGAUUCUGACAGGACAAAUAAUUGGUUUGAGGGAAUUAUUAGGUGGAGAAAUGUAUUGGCCUCUUUUGCUAUCCAGCAGCUCUUUUCCAGCAUUUGCCCAACUUUUAUUCCUGCCAUGGUUUCCUGAAAGUCCCAGAUAUCUUCUUAUUGACAGAGGUGAUGAGCUGAGCUGUGCCAAAGCUUUGAAGCGAUUUCAUGGCUCUUUGCAGUAUCAAAGGGAGAUGGAAGACAUACAGCAGGAAUGUUUUGCCUUAGAUGGGGAGAAACCCAGGAAGCCCUGGCAACUAUUCACUGAUCGUGGUGUGAGAUGGCAGCUCAUUACUGUGAUUGUCAUGACUAUGGGCCAGCAGCUCAGUGGGAUAAAUGCUAUUUAUUUUUAUGCAACUUACAUUUUUGAACAAGCUGGGAUCUCAGCAGAAAAAAUCCCAUACGUGACACUUGGCACUGGAGCUUGUGAAUGUCUCACAGCCCUCACUUGUGGUUUACUGAUUGACUACGUGGGAAGAAGAUACCUUGUCAUUGGGGGAUACCUCCUUAUGAUCCUUUGGAGCAUUGUUUUAACAUUCUCUCUGACUUACCAGGAACUGUACUCAUGGGUGCCUUAUGUGAGCAUGACAUCUAUAUUUGCCUUCAUACUGAGCUUUGGGUUGGGACCAGGUGGCAUAACAAAUACCCUGACAGCUGAAUUAUUUAUACAGUCUUCACGUCCUGCUGCUUACAUGAUAGGAGGGACUAUCAGUUGGAUUAGUUUCUUCACAAUUGGAAUGCUCUUUCCCUUUAUAGUGAAAGGACUGAAGCAGUAUUGUUUUCUGGUGUUCUUACUGGAGUGCUCCUUAGUUGCUGCUUUCAUCUUCCUCGUAAUUCCUGAGACAAAAAACAAGUCUUUUCUGGAAAUCAAAAAGGAAUUUCACAAGCUUAAUUUUGGAGGAAAAAACAAAGAAAAGGAAACAGAACUUUAUGAAAGAAGACAACUCCAUGAUGAAUUUUAAAUCUGUGUAAUUCCACAGCUGUUAUAAAACUACUUUGAUGAGAAUUAUGAAUGCUGUCCUCUAAAUUAGCGAUGUAGUGCGAUGAACAAGUAGUUUAUUACUUCCUCCUGUAUAUUUAGAGGAAGCUUAAUUAAAAGGCAAGUAAAUCUUCUGAAAUGCUGUAAAAACAGAUACUGAUGAAGUGCUAUUAAAACAUUAUAUACGAAGAGUCAAUGUUUAGUUACAACUUGGUGUUGUAAGAAAUGCUGGUGGAGGUUAAUAAAUGAAUUCCACUC